AUGAACGCAGGACUAUCAUACGACGGCGUCCCUUCGUCAGUCGCUGGAAUCUCUCGGACUUACAGCCAGGUUCAAGCUUCAUUCCUUUGUGCGGCAUUGUAUGGUUGCUUGGGAUCCCUCCCCGAGGAGAUUGACCUUAUCUGGAAAAGGCGGUUUACGCUGUUAUCCUGGGCAUAUGUCAUAGCUCGAUAUGCUGGAAUGGUAUACUUGGCUGUUCCUGUGGUCAUUAUCAGCGUCAAGAGAAGCGAUGUUCUUCCAGAGCUUAGUUCGUCAUGGGGAAAGUCUCCAUCGGAACCAAAAGACGUCGGGGAUCCCUCCGUUUUCCUCAUGCGAGUAUGUGCAAUAUACAACAACGACAGGCGAUUAAAAUGGAUCCUCGGAACCCUGUUCCUCAUCGAAGCCUUCUUGGUAUUCUUCGGCGGACACCAUUGGUCCGCAUCUACAGAUCCGAUAUCUCAGAAAACCCGUGUUUCUGGCAGUGUGAUCCUGUCGGACGUUGCCUACGCCGUGUCCUAUUGGUAUACGGGUGGUCUUAUGGAGCAAUAUGUGAUCAAUAUCGUGAUUUUCCUAGAGGCAGUAUUGGGUCCUCGGAUCGCUACGAGCUUGAUCGAGGCUCACUUGGGGAGAAACACGGUUUAUCUCGUCCCAUAUUGA